AUGGAUGUCGUCAGGAGGACCAUCAAUAGUCAUGUCGACGUCAUCGGCUAUUCGUCGAGUAGCCUACCUUUGGAAGGAAUGUCCACAGGGGGCGUAUUGUCGAGGUUCGAAACCAUGGGGUUAAUUCCUGCAAUGUCUAAAGUGUAUCCGAGUGCAAAGCAUAGAUACUGCCUGAGACAUAUACACGAAAAUAUGAAAUCAAAAUGGAGUGGAGGUGAAAACAAAAACCUUCUGUGGAAUUGUGCCUCUGCAUCAACAAUACCAGAGUUUGAAAAGUCUAUGAAGGCAGUGCUUGAUAAGGACAAAGCUCUAUAUGAUUGGCUGAAAGAAAUACCAAGCAAACAUUGGUCAAGAGCCUUCUUCACAGGCAGGGCUAGGUGUGACAUAUUGCUAAACAACAUUUGCGAGGUAUUCAACAGGCAACUGAUACAGGGCAGGGACAAGCCAAUCAUAACAUGUCUAGAGUAUAUCAGGGAGUAUUUAAUGAGGAAGAUUGUUGUGGUGCAUAAGAAGAUUGCCAAAUGUAAAGGUCCUUUAACUCCAGGAGCUACUGAAUUGUUGCAAACUAUCAAGACUGAAGCUUCAGAGUACACUGUGAUUUGGACCGGAGGGACAAAGUAUCAGGUCAGCACACACUUUAAUGACCACCAAGACCAAAGGGUUGUGAGUUUGGAUGAAAGGACCUGCUCUUGUAGAAGAUGGGAUCUCACAGGUAUCCCUUGUAGACAUGCAGUUGCAUGUAUCUGGGAUAUGGGAUUGCAUGGUAGAGGUGAUGGAGUUCCUGAAAAAUGGGUUCAUCCAGUUUACUGGCUAGAGACUUGGAAAGAGGUGUACAAGCAUACUGUUGAACCAGUGAAUGGCAGUGACAUAUGGCCUAAAUCUGCAUGCCUAACCACCUUGAUUCCUCCAAAGUAUCAUGCCCAGGUUGGGAGCCCAAAAAAGAAAAGGAAAAAGUCUGCAGUGGAGGUAGCAGAGGCCAAGGCUGCAUCACAGGAAAAAAAGAAGGAAAAAAGGAAGGCCAAGGCUGCAGUGGUGGUUGAAAAUAUAAGUAACACACUCUCAAAAACUGGAAAGCUAUCCAGGAAGGGGAACUCUUUGGCUUGUCAAAUCUGUAAGACAGUUGGACAUAACAGGAGGAGCUGUGGUCAGUCUUCAAAGGCUAAGGAUGGGGCAGCAACAGAAGCUUCUUAG